AUGGACAAAGGAAAAAGUGUUUCAGGAAAGAGUGAACUUGAUUUCUCUGCAUCUACUAAAUCCAGCUGUGACAAAAUCUUAUUUGUGAGUGCCAGAAGGGGAAAAAAAAAAGUGCCGGAAGACAUUAUCAUCAACAUCACCAUCAUCAUUGCUUCAUGCCUCAAUAUUGAUUCCAGAGGAAACCUGUGUUGGGUGUAUGCCUCCACCAUUCAUCCGGACUCUCAUAACGGAACUUUAGGCCACGUCCAGCCCUUACUUGUCAGCAGAGAAGAACUGCAUUCCAGUACUUCUCAAGAUGAGUGA